UUUUAAUGUAUAGGGGGAUGGGAAGAGACUUGUGGUUCAAAUUUAGAUGAGGAAGUGGCAGGACCAACAUUAAAAAGGCAUGGGAAGGAUAGAGACUGUACCAACAAAAAAGACAAGAAGCGUCACCAUCACCUUCAACCACACGUUUAUCAUCACAUUUAUAAAAGAGGUACAAGAACCUUCUACCAUAACCAGAACUAGUGUUUUUAAGUCACACUUGAACCCUUUGAUAGCGCUUAAUAAUAACUGCAAGCACUACUUAAAAUCUCUAGGAAAAUUUUCUGAGCUCUGUGUUUUCAAGAUGAAACUAAGGACAUUAUUUGUCACUUGCUUGCUACUUUGGUCACUCAUGUUGCUAUCAUUAUUCAUCAUCUUCAACCACCGGCUUCUUGAUGCUAUGACCGUCAACAGUCCAAGUUAUUCAGGGAAACCAAGGGAGGAUAAACUGUUAGGAGGACUGCUUAGUGAAGAGUUUGAUGAAGGUUCUUGCUUGAGUAGGUACCAGUCUUCAUUGUACCGCAAGCCAUCACCUUACGAGCCUUCUGAAUAUCUUGUCUCCAAGCUUAAAAGCUACGAGAUGCUUCACAAGCGUUGCGGCCCAGGCACAGAAGCCUUCAAGAGAGCAACAGAACAACUUGGUCAUGACACUAGAUCUUGUGGUGAAUGCAGAUACAUUGUGUGGGUUGCUGUUCACGGGCUUGGAAACAGAAUAGUAUCUCUAGUUUCUGCAUUCCUCUUUGCUCUCUUGACAGAGAGAGUCCUUCUCCUUGACCAAGGCACAGACAUGAGACAUCUCUUCUGUGAGCCUUUUCCGGGUACUUCCUGGUUACUCCCUCAUGAUUUUCCUUUGAUGGAUCAGUUAGAUAGUUCCCGUUGUUACGGAACAAUGCUGAAGACUGAUGCCAUUAACUCGGCUACAACAGGAACCAUCCCCUCCUACCUCUAUCUAUAUCUUAUUCACGAUUAUGAGGAUCAUGAUAAGAUGUUCUUCUGUGAAAGAGAUCAAAAUCUCAUCAGACAAGUCCCUUGGUUGGUCUCCAACUCAAACCAAUACUUUGUUCCAUCUCUCUGGUUGAUCCCUAGUUUCCAAACCGAACUCAUCAAGCUGUUCCCACAGAAAGACACCGUCUUCCACCAUUUAGGUCGCUAUCUUCUCCACCCUACAAACCAAGUUUGGGGUUUGAUCACUAGGUUCUACAAUGCCUACUUAUCAAGAGCAGACGAGACACUCGGUGUUCAAGUACGAGUUUUUAGCAACCCCGACGGAUACUUGGAGCAUGUCAUGAACCAGAUCCUAUCAUGCACACAAAGAGAGAAACUAUUACCUGAGCUGACUACACUUGAAUCACAAGUCACUAAUAAAUCAACAAGCCCGAAGCUCAAAGCUGUUCUUGUCACGUCACUUUACCCGGAGUACUCGGAGAAGCUAAGGGCAAUGUACUGGGAAAGCCCGAGUUCGACAGGAGACAUGGUACAAGUUUACCAACCUAGCCAAGAGAUGUUUCAGCAGACAGACGAGAAGCUUCACGACCAAAAGGCACUCGCUGAGAUGUACCUGUUAAGCCUAACUGAUAAACUUGUCACAAGCGGCCUGUCUACGUUCGGCUACGUUGCUCAAGGUCUCGGAGGAUUGAAAGCAUGGAUACUCUACAGGCCAACGAACCACACAACUCCAGACCCACCUUGCGUUAGAGCCGUGUCGAUGGAGCCAUGUUUCCAUAGACCUCCUCCAAUCAAUGGUUGUCAAGCUAAGACGGUGAAUAGCACUCGUUUUGUUAGGCGUUGUGAGGAGUGGACCACGGGGAUUAAGCUAGUUGAUUCCACAGAUGUGUUUUGAUUGGUAAGCUCUCAUGCAUAUUCUUACAAAGUUCAUCAUUAUUGCCUAAAAUUUAAAAAUAAUCACCAAAGAUUGUUAACCUUACAUUAUGAGAGAAAAUAUUACGUCAUGUAGUCUCACAAGAAGUAUCCAAAGUCAAUAUAUCAGAAAGUCAGAAACUUAAAGGCUGUUCUUGUCA